AUGCAUGCAACAAGGGAGAUACAGGUGCCCAUGCCUUAUAUAAUGAAAGAGGCCCAGGCCUUGGGUAUGGAUUCUGAACAAGUUUCUAAGUUGAUUCAGGAAGAACAAAAGUCCGCUAAAGAGAAGGCUGACCGGGAAGAACGCGCGGCUGAACGUGAGCUUAAGAGAUAUUAUGAAGGGUUAAAGUUACCGACUUUUAAUGAUGGUCAAGAUGACAUCGAUAGUUACUUACAACGCUUUGAAAGAUUUGCAAAGUUACAUAAGUGGAAUAAGGAAGAUUACCACGUGUACUUGGGCUCAUUACUUAGAGGUCACGCGCUUAAAGUUUACGUAUCGUUGCCUGAUGAUACCGUAAGUAAUUACGAAAAGCUGAAGGAAGCUUUGCUUAGAGCUUAUUCCGUGGACGCCGACAUGGAACAACUACUUAGUAACUGUAAUUCUGAUAUGAGAAUCUUUUUGAAGGAACGUGAGUUUGUAACUGCAGUAGAGAUGGCAGAGUCGGCUGACCGAUUUCGGAGCGCACACUUGUACCGCGGUAAGAGAACUAAUCAGACUCCAAUCUUCAAAGCGACCCAGUCAGUUAAGGAAGGUGUGAAAUUGCCAACUGAACCCUAUCCUCCUGAUGAUCCAAGCCUUCCUGUACCUGAUAAAGCUGACCUUCCACCCUCAAUCCUUCCUAACCAUCUUGAUGCUAAGGACCCAAGCAGUCUGAUUCAUCCUGAGACUUCCUCUCCUAUCCUCACCCCCUUUAUUGACAACCAGGUAUGUACAGCAAGCUCUGACGUAAAGAAAACGGAGGCGCGUUUACCUGUAGUUUCAAUGGCGGUUCAAACUCGCGCAAGUAGGAAAAGGAGUGAAGAAAUUAAGUCACUUUCUUACCCCGUUAUGGAAGAAUUAGAUUUGAGUAAAGAUUCAUUUCUUAAGGCGCAGAAUGCAUGCCGUACUUUACAGACAAUCAGAGACAGAGUUGAGACUGGUUCAGUAGAAAAGGUGAAAUCUAGGUCAGUUAAGUAUGAGCGAAUUAAUGGCCUGAUCUAUAGGGUUUGCCUCCAUAGCAAGGACGAACAUGAACUCAAUAACAUGCAGUUAGUUAUCCCUGCAGUAUAUAGGGACAAAGUUCUUCAGCUUGCCCAUGAUUCUUUGAUUGCAGGUCAUUUUUCACACCGAAAAACCAGCUUGAAAGUGUUUGAAAAUUUCUUUUGGCCAGGUGCUGGGGCAGAUAUAAAGAGAUAUUGCAAAUCUUGUCACAUAUGUCAGAAGGUAUCACCUAAGGGGCGAGUUAAAAGGGUACCAAUGAAAACUGUUCCUGUAAUACAAGAGCCAUUCUCAAGGGUGCUAUUGACAUUCUGUAAUGGAAUGGUAGAACGACUUAACGGGGUCCUGAAAUCAAUGUUGAAGAAGCUAUGUUCUGUUCAUCCACGUGACUGGGAUCGUUAUAUACCCGCAACUCUUUUUGCAUACAGGGAAAUGCCAAACGAUUCUCUUAAAUUUUCACCGUUUGAAUUGUUAUAUGGGAGAACGGUGAGAGGUCCUUUGAAUAUAUUACAUGAACUUUGGUCGAAUAAUGAAAUCAACCAUGAAGUAAAGAGUACAUAUCAAUAUGUUACGGACCUUAGACACGUCUUGAAGACUGCUAAAUUAGCUGCUGCUAAAGCAGAAAUCAGUAGCCGAAAUUAUAAAUACUAUUAUGACCUUAAAGCUAAACAUAGAAAAUUAGAAGUAGGUGAUGAAGUUCUUGUUCUCUUUGCCAACUGA